AUGGGUGCAGGGUAUGGGUACCCAUCGUGGCAAACGCAACAGCUACACUACCCGCAACAAGGUCAAGGGCGAUUGCAACGACCACCGAGUCAUAAGCAGCAGGAAGCCUAUCAGCCAGUCCAAUAUACACCGCCACAACUACGGAAAAGAACAGCCAAGGCAGCUCGAACAAUUGAUGUGUCUGAUGAGUCGGCGGAUGAAGACCACGUCGAAUUGGAGAGUGAACCGGACGAGGAGGAAGAUGCAGGUAGCGAGUCGGAUGAUGGCGUUGCAGGUAUGGAGUCGAGUUAUAUUCCCAUCGACAUGGAUCAAGUUGAGCUGGAAAACAAAGUCUUGGCAUACAUCAAUAAAGUGGAAACGGCAAAAGAGUUGGCAGACUUGGGCAGUUGUCCUGCUGUGUUUGCUGCAAAAGUCAUUGAAGCGCGGCCUUUCACAACACUGGAAGAGGUGCGUGGGCUGGAUAUCGACGCUGCUGCACCAACUGGCAAACGGACACGCGGUCAACGAAAGACUGCCGGUGCCAAGCUGGUGGAUGUCUCUGUCGAUACUUGGGAAGGUUACGAAGCUAUCGAUGAGCUUGUUCGUCGAUGUGUCUCAUAUGGCAGUAGCCUCAAAGAAGCAAUGGCGUCUUGGGGUAUUCAAGUCAAGGAUGGCGACAGUGCUGGAGCACUAGAGAUUGUCAAGAUGGAAGAUGUCCAAGUGGACGACAAAGCAGGCGAACUCCUCUACCUCAAAGACCAACCAAAAUUGCUCCCGGAAGAUGUGCGUCUCAAAGAUUACCAAUUACUCGGCGUCAACUGGCUACAUCUCAUGUACCAAAAAAAGCUAUCUGGCAUUCUCGCAGAUGAAAUGGGUUUGGGCAAGACGUGCCAAGUCAUCUCCUUUCUUGGCGUCUUGCUAGAACGCGAUAUUCAAGGUCCUCACCUGAUUGUCGUUCCUGCCUCGACCCUUGAAAACUGGCUUCGCGAAUUGACGCGCUUCUGUCCAGCACUCAAGGUCGAACCGUACUAUGGCAGUCAGCGAGAACGUGCAGAGUUCAGAGAUGCCUUUGAAACUAAGCCAACGGCAUACAAUGUCAUGGUGACGACCUAUCAACUCGCUGCAGGUGCCAAGGAAGAUCGCAACUUUCUUCGUCGGCAAAAGUUUGACGUAUGUGUCUAUGAUGAAGGUCACAACCUCAAGAACAGCGCAAGCGCUCGAUACACCUACCUCAUGUCUCUACCGGCGCGAUUCAGAUUGCUGCUGACUGGCACACCGCUGCAAAACAAUUUGAAGGAGCUCAUCUCACUCCUCGCGUUUGUCUUGCCAAUGGUCUUUCACGGUAAUUUGGAGAAGCUCAACAACAUCUUUAAGAUCAAGGCUUUCAGUAGUGAGUCGAAAGAGGUGGCACUUCUGUCGCAGCAGCGCAUUGAUCGAGCCAAACAAAUGAUGACGCCGUUUGUGUUGCGUCGAUACAAGAAUCAAGUCUUGGAUGAUAUGCCGGCUAAGCACUACAGAACCGACAUCAUUGAGCUGAAUGCCUUGCAGCGCGAGAUCUAUGAUGAUUUGGUGGCAGCGACACGUAAAGCGAUUGAAGCGAAAGCGCUUGAGGAAGGCAAAGAGGUGACGGAUGUUUUGAGCACAAAGAAUGACAAUAUCUUAAUGCAACUGCGCAAAGUCUCCAAUCACCCUAUGCUAUUCCGCAAGCGGUACGAUGAUGCAACUGUCAAUAAGCUGGCCAAGGCACUGCUCAAGGAGCAAUUUUUCAUUGAUCAGGGAUCCGAGUAUGAUCUCUUGGUGGAGGACAUGCAGGUCAUGUCUGAUUUCGAACUCAAUCGGUUAUGCAAGCAGUAUCCUAAAACACAGCGUUUUGCACUCACGGGUGAUCCGUGGAUGGAAGCAUGCAAAGUUGCGCAUCUCCAGCGCUUGAUUCCUGAAAUGCGUGAACGAGGCGAUCGAAUCCUGCUCUUUUCGCAAUUCACACAGACGCUGGAUAUCCUCGAAGAUGUGCUGAACACUAUGAAUGUGUCCUUCUUUCGGCUGGACGGAUCGACAGAUGUUGCGAAAAGACAGGACAUGAUUGAUCAAUUCCACGAGGAAGAAGAUGUCACGGUAUUUUUGCUUUCGACCAAAGCUGGUGGUUUUGGAAUCAAUCUGGCUUGUGCCAAUGUGGUCAUCAUCUAUGAUUCGUCGUACAAUCCACACGACGAUAAGCAAGCUGAGGAUCGUGCUCAUCGUGUCGGACAAAAACGCGAGGUGCAGAUUAUUCGGCUCGUGUGCAAGCAGACGAUUGAGGAGGAUAUUCAAGCGCUCGCUCAGACAAAGUUGAUGCUGGACAUGAACGUGUCUGGGGCUGGUGCUGGCGAUGCGGAAAAGACGGAAGCACAGCUCGCACAGAAACUGCUCUCUGGACUCGUGAAGACGGACAGGGAUACACCUGCUGCAGACUCGUCGAGCGUAAGUGUUGCGCCGUCGAGCACAAAGGACAUCAAGGCCGAGGAGUCGAGGCCUGCGAGUGUGAAGAGUGAGCAUGAUUCUCCUUUGUCUUCUGCAGGCAGUGCUUAG